AUGUCACAACACCCCGCGACGACUUGCAGUCCCCAAUCACUAUCUUUUGGCGCUCCCGCUCACUGCUCAUCCCUGCACGAGCUCUACCUUGCCUUAGGCCUCCCUACCUGGCCUGACCUGGAGCUUGAGCUCUCCUGCUGCCAUCGAUACAUACCAUACCCUGGCACCAAAUCUUUCUCGGCACGGGUCGUUCCCACCACUUCCCCAUUCCUUGCCCCCUCAAAGGCCCCAAAGGCUCGUGCCCGUUGGUGGUCUCUGCUGGGUGUCUUUUGGGUGCCCUUUCUGGCGUCUCUGUUGACUGUCUCGGCCGUCAUCUCGUCCCAGGUACUGCUCCUCCGUCGUUGCACCACGAGCCUCUCCUCCUUCACUAUUUCCAUCGCCGCUCGAACCCGCCUCCGACGCCGACGCCGACCUUGUUCCAAACGCCUAGACGCUGGCGCGCACAACUUUGCAGGUGCAGAUGUUACUUGUCGCCUGCCACCGUCAUACAACUCGCUUUUCCUGAACCGCCAUCCUGCCGCUCCUCUCGCUCCUGUCACCAAGAACCACGACCCUGCAUCUGAGCACCAACAAGAAUUGUCCGCCCAUAAAACACCCCGCCCACCACAUCUUCUACCCUCUUUCGCGAGACCGAGACAUUUUGUGUUCUUCUGUCAAAGAGGAGAAGCUUUCAAAAGAAACGGCAUUUCUCUCGUUCGUCUUUGCGACAAGCUGCAGCGUUCUUCCAAUCAGCACCCCCGCCUUCACCCGACCGCCUACCGCAGCCCGACCAACGUUUUUCGUGACCCGAUAGCAAAUAUGGCAGGGUUAUUCCAAAGGGUCUACAAUUGGCUCAUGCGCAUGUUCUGGGCGAUGGAAAUGGAAGUGACGAUGGUUGGUUUGCAAAAUGCUGGAAAGACCUCGUUAUUACGAGUUCUCGCUGGCGGUGAAUUCACGCUCGACUCCAUCCCCACCGUUGGUUUCAACAUGAAAAAGGUACAGCGCGGACAUGUUACCUUGAAGUGUUGGGAUAUUGGUGGCCAGCCCCGGUUCCGAACCAUGUGGGAAAGAUACUGUCGAGGCGUGAGCGCCAUCGUCUUUAUCGUGGAUAUUGCCGAUACACCAUUGAUUCCCCAGGCGAAGGAGGAGCUCCAUGAUCUCAUGAGCCGCAAGUCGCUUGAGGGUAUACCACUUCUCAUCCUGGGGAAUAAGUCCGAUCUUCCGGACAAGCUUUCGGUGGAUGAGUUGAUUGACGAGCUAGACCUGAAGAGCAUACGUGGUCGUGAGGUGUGCUGCUAUGGUAUCAGCGCGAAAGAAGAGACAAACCUUGACGCAGUAGUCGAGUUUCUAAUGAAGUAUGCCACGCGACCAUAA